AUGAUAAAGAACAGACUUUUCAGUAGAAAGGUUCUUAUUGUUCUUGACGAUGUGGAUAAAGAACAACAGCUAGAAGCAUUAGCAGGGAAUCAUGACUGGUUUGGUCCAGGGAGUAGAAUCAUUGUAACAAGUAGAGAUGGGCAUUUGUUAAAAAGACAUGUUGAUGAUAUAUACAUGGCUACGGGCCUUGGACAUGCGGAUGCUCUGCAGCUCUUUUGUUGGAAAGCCUUCAAGAAACCUUACCCUGAGGAAAAUUGUGUGGAUCUAUGCAAGGAGUUUGUGAAAUAUGCUAAUGGACUUCCUUUAGCUCUUAAAGUUUUAGGUUCUUCAUUGUAUGGUAGAGGAACAAAUGAAUGGGAAAGUACCCGAGAUAAACUAAAAGCAAAUCCUAAUAGGGAAGUUUUAGACAUACUUGAAAUAGGUUUCCAUAGCCUUGGGGUUGCAGAGAGACGACUAUUUUUAGAUAUUGCAUGUUUCUUCAAAAGAGAGAUAAAAAAAGAUCUCAUAAUAGAUUUAUUGGAAAGUUCUGGUUAUCCCCCGCACAUUGACAUUGCUAUUCUUGUAGACAAAUCUCUACUUACUGUCUGCGUUGGAAAUAGUUUCUCGAUGCAUGAUUUGCUACAAGAAAUGGGGCAAGAAAUAGUUCGACGUGAAUCUCCUGAAGAGCCUGGCCGACGUAGUAGGUUGUGGCUUCUUGAAGACGCCCUUGAAAUGUUGAGCAAUAAUACUGGAACAAAUGUUGUUGAAGGGAUAGUACUAAACUCACCAUUUCAAAAAGAGGAAAACUUGAAUGCGGAAACCUUCUCAAAGAUGAAAAAGUUGAGAUUACUUAAAAUUCGUUAUGGGCAGCUUCCUGAAGACCUCAGUUAUCUUUCUAACGAGUUAUGCCUUUUGGAAUGGUUUGGAUAUCCUUUAAAAUCCUUCCCAAGCACUUUCCAACCUGACAAACUUGUUGAGCUAAGAAUGCCUUGCAGUCAAAUCAAACAGCUUUGGAUUAAUGGAACCAAAGUUGAUGUGAGGUUAUGCAAGUUAAAACUCAUUGAUCUGAGUUAUUCUCGAAACUUGGACAAGAUGCCAAACUUUAAUAAGAUCCCAAAUCUUGAGAAGCUAAUUCUUCAAGAAUGUACAAGCCUGUCUUCGGUCCACCAGUCCAUUGGAGUUCUCAGACGGCUUAUUGUAUUGAAUCUUCAAGGUUGUAAGAGUUUUGCCAACCUUCCAGAGAGCAUCGGAAGUAUGGAAUGCCUCAUGGAGCUUGAUGCAAGUGAAACUGCUAUAACUCGAAUACCAUCCUCUAUUUCGUUACUGAAGAACCUCCAAAAUUUGUCUUUUCACGGAUGUAAAGGUCUGGCACAUAAACCAUGUGAAUCAAUCUUCUCUAGUUGGUUGUUACAAAAGGAAAGCUCGGAUCCCAUAGGCAGAUUGUCGUGGUGUAAUACCUUCUCAAGUUUAAGCUCUUUAAGAUCACUAGACCUAAGUGACUGCAAUCUUUUGGAUCGUGCAAUCCCCGGUGACCUUAGUGGCCUAUCCUCAUUGCAGUCAUUAAAUUUAAGUGGGAACGAAUUUUCAAGCUUAACGGAUGGCAUAUGUCAAGUCUCCAAACUUAAAGAAGUUUUCUUCAGAAAUUGUAGCAAGCUUCAAGCAUUGCCAAAGCUUCCAUCGGGUAUAGCGAUUGUAUGGGCUGAAAAUUCUGUCUCGCUGAACAUUUAUUCUGAUCAAAUUUACUUGUGGUGUUCGAGUGAACAAGUCGUGACUCUUUGUUGCUCUAGAAUGCAAUCUUCUGAAGAGAAGUCACGUAGAUCUCUUUUAGUCACAGACCCCGACCGACCGAAUCCAUCGUUGCGUCUAAUCCUUAAGAAUUAUUUUCAAUCUCCCAAUGUAAGAUGUGGCCCUUCGUGGGCGGCUGAAAUCCCAAAGUGGUUCGACAAGCAAAGCACUAGUUCCUCUGUAACAACGCAGAUGUAUCCAACAUCGUGCGGUAAUGAGUGGUUUGGAUGUGCUCUGUUUGUUAUUUAUAAAGUCCAUGAGCUUGAGACUUCGAAUUUUAGGAGUUCUGAGAGAAGUGACACUACUUUGGAUUUGAAGGAUCUUCACCAGUUUGUUUGUGAUUUUGAGACUAAGAAAGGUCGUCUAAAACAACCAUUGGUUCUUAAUAACCCUAAAGUCCAUUUUGUUGGGCCAACUGGGUUUUGGGUAUAUAUACCAUAUGUGUGGUUUUCGAAACAAUCAAAUAAUCCGCAGAGAAAAGAGAAAAAGAAACGAUCAAAUUAUAAGCCAGAUAGAUGGAGGUACAUUGUGGCUUCAAUUACAACAGGCAGUCCGGGCGUGGAGGUGAAAAAGCUUGGGAUGCGUAUAUUAUAUGGACAUAAAGAUGUUGAAGAGUUUGCCGAAUCUAUAGAUCGAUGCUCUUUAGGGGUUUUUUCUGGAGAACGUUCAACUUUUCGAAAAGUUGCACAAUGUAUGUCGAUUUUGCCUUCUCGUCAUGUGGGUGAGGCAGAAUGUGUUUCCAUGACUUGCAUUCCUUGCCCCUUAUCAAAUGAGGAUCAUGGGCUGAAAGGUGUCCUUCUUUCGUUGCUUUUACAAUACUUCGAGGAGAAUUCAUCGGUUUCCCAUGACUCAAAAUUAACUUCCCGUAACUUUUCUUGUCUUUUGUCUACGGAUGAUGGCUGCAUUCAAUCUUCUACAAUAUUUCCCCUCACCAGAGACAUUUUUCGUGAGUCACAUCGACUUUUGGUGUUUCACAUACCACGUCUGUCUUUUACCCAUAAGUUAAAUCAACAAAAUGCAAUUCGGGCUUUAUUUGGAACCUCCAGUUCAGAUGUGGAGGCACACGUGUGUGGAAUGCGAGUAGUGUAUGAGCACCAAGUGGAAGGCUUUGUUCAAACAGUGGUUGACUGCAUCUUAGGUAGUCCGAAGGGAUACCAUCAAGGUUAUAAGCGAAGUCUUGUACAUCAAGUGAACAGUGAUAUGCCAAGAAAUGUUCAUCGGGGUGAAUUUGAAUCUGAAUCUGGAAAUGCAUCUGGAAGAAAAACGCCGAGUACUAGUCAUUCUAAUUACUCUCCCACAUCGCAAAGGCUGAGGAUAUGCACGUCGACUGAAUCCUUGCCAAAGCUUCCAUCAAGUGUUGAACACCUAGCGGACUGCUUUGAUCAUCAGCGAGUUUUCAAUAAUUGUUUUCCACAAAGUGAUAUUCCGAAAAGUUUCUGCAGUCACCCUGGUCCUUUGCUGACAUUCCGGCCAUGCCCAGAUUUAUACAGUAGUUCUGAUUGGCGUGGAAUUGCAGUGUGUGCCAUUUUCACAUUCCUCAAGCAUUCCACGCUUGUCCAUAACGGUACUCUAGGUUUGGAAAUUUGUCGUGGCCUUACUUGUUAUUUUGGAAGCGAUGUAGGUUGGACAAUAUCGAUUCACAAGAACAACACCGAGUCAGAAUUUACCAAAUCUAGUUGGUUAAAUCAAUGUGAAUUCCUUUGGCUAUUGUAUAUACCGCGUGUUUCGAUUCUAGAAAAGCUGAAACCGUGGAAUCUCUUGAAGGCCUUAUUUGUAAGCAAAAGCCAAGGCCUAAUGGUGCAGAAGUGUGGGCAUGCUGAUCUAGUGUACCAGCAAAACGUGGAUGAGUUUGUGCGAAUGAUAACUCACUGCUCAUCCACGUUUCCUAACAAGUCCCAACCAGUCCAUCAGUUUUCAGUAGAUGACUACAGAAACAGGGAGGAAAACUAUAAUGAUGAAGGAGAAACCAGUGUAAGCAGAAGCUCUAGUGAUCAUAGGUUAAGAAGACGCAUUUUUCAGGGGGAAUCCAAUUCAACUGCCAAUUCCUAUACAAACAGUGAUAAACAGAUAAAGAACGCUAGCAAUUUUCUUCUAAAAAACUUUGAGAACUUGUUCAGCCAUCGCAGUGCCGGACCCAGCGUGACAAUUGACUUUCCUUCAAAUUUUUGUGACGCUAACGAUAUCGCGGGAUUGGUUCUCUGUGCUACAUUCUCGGUACCAGACGAGUAUCCACUUGAUCAGUUUCUCGAAAAUCUGGAAUCACAAGUACCUUACGGUCUUAUUUGUCGACUUCUAGAUGCAAAUUUAUGUUUCAUGAAAUUUCACCAUACGUAUUGUCCCACUAAAGAAGAACUCAAGUGGAUAUCACAUCUACGUGGAUUCAAUUGGCUGUUCUACCUACCGUAUUGGUGGCUUUUGGAUAGGAUGUUAGGUUGUCAUCGGUUAACGGCUUCAAUGGCAACCAACUGGCCGUGCCUGGUGGUUCAGAAGUGUGCCCUCCGGGCGCUGCACCUGCAAGAUGCGCAAAAGAUGUUUCAAACAGUGUACCAUUCAUCGGUCUCAUUUUUUGACAACUGGCAUCUCUUCCACAAAGAUAUAGUCCGUGAAGAAGAUUGUAUACGUCCUAUGGAAACAUUCUCAACUGAAAUAGAAGAAUGCGAUCCCAUGGAUCCAGGUUCUACCUGUAAUGCUCGUCCGGCCACAUCGGCUGAGAACCAAGUCUCUAAAACCAACUCAACCAUCCUGCAUGAAAGAAACUUCAAGUCCUUGCUUUUAAGAAUCUUUGAGAGUGGUUCAGCCAUCACCGUGGUGGUAGUUCUGCGACUAUACAGCUACCUUCAAAUAUUCAUGGUGAAAUUGGAUACUGGUAUAGGAAGCCUGGAUCCUCCCCAUGUCUUUCCCAUAACAGAAGAAAAACUGACUUGGUUUUAUCCUCACGGAUUCAUUUGGCUGUCCUAUAUACCAUGCCGGUCAGUAAGAGAUUUGGUGGGACAAUGCAGACGGAUUGAGGCUUCAGUUGUAAGCGAUUGCCCUCGCUUGAUGGUGCUGGACUGUGGCCUCCGUCUCUUAUACCAUCAAGAUUCAGAAGAGUUUGAGCAAACAAUUAUCAAGUGCUUGACCUCACCUUUUCCCAAUAUGAAUCUUAUCCUUCAGUCAGUGGCGACUGAUACUGGAUCAAAUGACAUGCAAAACAACGACGUCUGCAUUAAUUCCUGCGAGUGGCAAAGCAGUAUCACCUUUCUAUUUUACAGGACUUUGAUCGAUGAUCUGUGUAUAAUUCCUGUUUCCCCCCUUGUGAAAUUCUGGAGUGUCGACAAGGAGGACUUGGCUGCUAUCAUCGAAAAUCUUGAAAUUACUUCACAGCUGGAACUUAUUUGUCAUCUGGAAACUGAUAUUGGUAGCGUGGAACCUCUCCAUGUCUACCACCCCACUAAAGAAGAUUUCAUGUUGUUUCAGCUGGAAGUGUGGAUUCCGUCUUAUACACACCUGCACGAUGAGGUUGAGUUUAAGCUAACAAUAAGGCAGUCCGUGGCCUCAUUUUCUGAUGCCUGGGGUCUAAUUCGUCGGUUGGGGACUGAUAGCAGACAAGGCAUUAAACGAAAGCGUAAGGAUGGUACAUUAUACAAGACCCAUUGCUAUAUUGCUCAAAGACAUGAAGGCGAAACGUGCGCAUUGUAG